CCGGGUCGCCCCCAUGAAAACCCUCGGGCGUUUCAUUUAACUAAAUAAGGGGCCCUUUUGGCGUUGUUCCGCUGCGCCCCGCCGUCCCCGAAGCGGCGGGAAGCCCCCGUGGAUGUGCAGAAGGUCUGUGGUUUGCAGAGGUGAGGGAGGAGAAGGGGAGGCGUUCCAGGGUUCCCGCUUUUCGGGUUGAAAUCCGGGAAACGGCUGAUAAGGUGCCCGAGGUGAGGCUGGGAUCUAUCUGCACGUGGCCCUUAAGAGUUUUCCGUCUCUUUUGUGUUUUGGUGAAGUUGGGCAAUGUGUUGGUGGCAGCAGAGAGGAGCAGCAUCCCCACUGCUCUCCCGCCUUAGUCCGGCUUGGACGCACCAACGUGCUUGGUUGCCCAGGUUCUAUGGGAGCAGAAACUGGCUUUUGUUGGUAAAGGUCUGGAUUCUGACAAGGCCCAAACAAGGACUAAAACCAGAAAAAAGGGGUAACCUUGAGGAGGGCCCAAUAAACUCACGUUGCCGCCGUGGUGCUUGCCUAGGGAUGGACGCUGUAUGCAAAAUGUGAAGUUAAAAAUGCUGAAUUAUGGUGGACUUCAGUGCUGAGAAGACCAAUAAAGCUAAAUGGGUCCAGUGACUGGAAUGACUCCGGAUAAGAAAGCUGAAACGCCAGGAGCAGAAAAAGCUGCAGGACUACGGCAGUGUCAUGGGAUGGGCAGCUUGCCUGACGCAGGCGAUGCCGGCAAGCCAAAGGCCACCGUGGUGGACAGAGAUGCAGCAGACGAUGAGCUCACAAAUUUGAACUGGCUGCACGAAAGUACAAACCUUCUAACAAACUUCAGCCUCGGAAGUGAGGGCCUUCCGAUCGUUAGCCCCUUGUAUGACAUCGAGGGGGACAGCGUGCCAUCCUUCUCACCAUCCUGUUACCAGAACCCUGAAAAAAAAUCCUCCACUUCCAAACCUCCUUACUCUUUCAGCCUUCUCAUUUACAUGGCAAUCGAGCAGUCCCCCAACAAGAGCCUGCCAGUCAAAGAAAUCUACAGCUGGAUCCUGGACCGCUUCCCCUACUUCGCCACGGCCCCCACCGGCUGGAAGAACUCGGUCCGACACAACCUCUCCUUGAACAAGUGUUUCCGAAAGGUGGAGAAAAGCCAUGGCAAGGUGAAUGGAAAAGGGUCGUUGUGGUGCGUUGACCCCAAAUAUAAACCUAAUCUUGUCCAAGCACUGAAAAAACAGCCUUUUUCCUCAGCACUUGCAUUUUAUACUCCGCCGGCAUCACCACCAAGUAGGUCGUCGUCCCCUCACUACCUGACUUCAGUCCUUCAGCAGAAUCACGGCCGAUCUCUCAAAGAAUCUGAUAUUGAUGCUGCUACCGCAAUGAUGCUGUUAAAUACUUCCAUUCAGCAAGGGAUGUUGGACUGUGAGAAACCUCAGCCUCUGAAGGCACCCAAGAAGAGGAGCUAUGGCAGUGCAUUCAAUCCUCCGAGUUCCAUAAAUUUGCAGGAAAACGAUUCCGCAGCCACCAAUAUUGAUCCGAACGAGGAUCACAACUACAGUGCCAGCAGCAUGGGUUCCCAGCGCUGUGCAUCCAGGUCCAGCGUGUCUUCCUUGUCCUCCCUCGACGAGGUGUAUGAAUUUAUUUCCAAGACCAGCCAUGACGGGAGCGAUGGCAGUGAAGGAUUUCACAGUGAAGUGGAUACAGACGUUGACUAUGAAGAUGAUCCUCUUGGAGACAGUGGCUAUGCAUCACAACCUUGUGUGGAUACCUCUAAGGAAAGUCAGUCUAGCAAGAAAUCAUUCGAGGAAUUAUGUCAAGAAAUCGAUGAGGAGUUGAAAGAAGCCGCGGGGUCUCUGCUCCACCUUGCUGGCAUCCAGACGUGCUUGAGUUCCUUAAUAAGUACUGCAAAGACCCACUGUCACAAGCAAAGGAAAAAAUAAUAUGUUUGUCAGUGUUGAAUAUAUACAUAUAUUUUUUUUAAUUGUGGCAAUACUCUUCUACUUUUACCCUUCACAAGGGAGAUCAAAGCCAUAAGAGGACUCACUGCUUUUUUUAUUUUUGACGCAAACUAUAAUUUAGCCAUUUAUUUUUAAAUCACCACCUAAAAAGAGAAAUAGAAUAUUUAAUCUUCUCAAAUUAGAGAUGCAUGACUUGUGAAAACCUGAAAGCAUACUUCUUAGUGAUCACUGUUUAUUUUUUUUCUUUUUAAUAGCUGACUUUAUUUUUAUUUUAGAGAUAUGUUUGUUCAGAUGCACACUGUGGAUCAUAUUUACAUCUCUGCUGGCCCCAUCUGCAGAGGUGAAUUUUGUUCUAAGGGCUCUGACUUCCAUGUAAAGGAUUAAAAAGGAGGAGAAAAAAGAAAAAGAGGGAAAGAAAAGGUCCUGGCCUUGGUUGACUCCUCCCACCUGUCCUCUCUUCACUUUUUAGACAGGUCCUAGUGAAAACACUGGUGAAGCAACUCUGAGUUGCUGCGGUUUUUGGCCUUUCUGACACAGUAGCUGAAAACCCUCAGGAGCUGCUUUCAGCAAGAUAAUAAACACCCCCUGGAGGAGUGGGAUAAGGGGUAGCUGAGGUGGGUACCACCCACAAUUUCUUUUUUUGUCCCUCCUUCCCCCAAAUCUGCUGUGUGCAGCUCAGAUUCCUGAAGGAACAUGGUUUGUUGUUUUAUCUUAAGACACGUUGUGGGGUUUUUUGGGGCAGGGGGUUGUCCUUUUCAUGCAGAUACGUGCAUUCCUACAUAUGCUUUGGAUGUGGCCAACAGUGACAGCUGCUGCCGUCCAAGUCAGAUGUUGUCUUUGUGUUACCACCACUAUUGAAUAUGUAGUACCUACACACACAGUCCUGCUACGUCUACCCUUCUGCUCCCCUGUACCGGUUUGGGAGGGAAAAAAGAGCCCAGCAGUUGGUGGUGGUGACAGUGCAGAUAAGGUGGAGGCUUUAGCUGGCAAACAGCUGCUGAAAAGGGAAUGUUGCUGCCUAAUCUGAGACAAAAUGGAAUCACUUCCUUUUGGAUCUCUGAACCCUGAAUCAAUAGAAUCAUAGGAUGUGGUGAGUUAGAAGGGAUUCAUCAGGAUCACCGAGUCCGACUCCUGGCCCUGCACAGGACCCCUAGGGCCCUUUCCACGGCACUGCUCUCCAGCCUCUCAUUCCCCAGUCCAUACACACAGGGUUGCCUAUCCCAGGUGCAGAAUCUGGCACUUGCCCUUUUAAACUUCAUGCAGUUGGUGCUUGCCCAUCUCUGAUUUGUUGAGGUCUCUCUGCAGGCCCCCCUGCCCUCAAGGGAGGCGACAGCUCAUCCCAGUUUAGUGUUGUUGGGGGUUUUUGCCUCUUCACCCAGUGUUUGCUGGUUUUGUCACAUGGACUGUCCAUCCAUACCUUUUGUUUCCCAGAUCACUGUGCCUUGUGCUGUGUGAACCCCAUCAGCUUCCUGCCACAUAUGGGGCAUCCAACGGGCAAGGCCUUUGCCUUUGGACGUGCAUUGAGGCUCAGGAGGACCUCUGUUUUGGGAAGAAAUUCCUUCACAAUUCAUUUUGCAAUAAGAAAAUCUCUUUAUAAUUCCUAGAUGUCCUUCAGCCAAAAAUGUUUAGUGGUAUGUUGAACUUUAUCCUUGUUUUUUUUUUUUUCCUUUUAAAAUCAGUGGUGAUUGCUUACAUCUUCCUUUAGAUAAUGGCCUUUUUUAUUUCUUUUUUUCUUUUAAUUUUCUGUUCAAAAAUGGGUAAGCAGUUCAGUUGGAGUGGCUUUUAACAGUACUGUACAUACAAGGAUGCCUUAAGUAUGUUGCAGAAUUGUAUACAGCUAUCCAACGUCAUCUUUCCUGUUGCUAAAAGGUAGCACGAUGUGCCAUAAACGUUCUCACCAAGGUGAAGCUGUUGCUUCCAGCAGGUGUUGGGCAAGCUGGUUGAAAAUUAGGAGCAGAGCCACCUAGGAAACCAAUGUCCACUGUGGAGAACAGUGCUUGAUUCAGCCAAAAGUUAACCUUUCCCUAAGGGGGUAUUUUCCUGGCUAUUUGGAUGCCUUUCUUAGAUUAGUGGGGGGGGGAGUUUACCCCUUUUUCCUUUUUCUUCGUAUUUGUCAGUCUCUUCAUGAAUACUGUCAUAAACUAUUUUAAAUGCAAACACAGCCAUGCUGCUGAAGGUCUGUUGCUCUGAGGGCCCAUUCCAGUGCCUCUUGAAGACAACGGUGGUGCUCCUGCUGACUCAAUGGCUGUUGGAUCAAGCCUGAAAUAUUUGUGUUUUAGAAUUUAAAGCACAAACACUAGGAGAAAAAAACAUUUUUUUUUUCUUUUUCCAAUUACUUCAGUUUUAAUAAUUAUUUGGUUUAUUUCUGGAAAGGGAAGGAAAAUACUCUGCUUCAUUGCUGCAUUGUGUGAACACCUGUUAGGCUAUGCCUGUAACAGAGCAACGUGUGCAGAUGUGUAUGUCUUCUGGCUAUCACAAGUGCUGCAUUAGCCAAUUAGAUGUGAUUUUGGAUGUGUUAGUGACGGGUAGUAGGGGUAAAACUCGCCAUUUAAAGGAAAGUGAAUUACCAACACAGUGGUUCUUUGGAUUUCAGGGUGUGAAGAUGUGAAUGCUUGGUGGAACCGCUUUUUGCUCAUGGGUUGCUUUUGAACUUUGAUGGAAAACUGCAAAGGGCAGAGUUUGUGUCAAUGUGAAAACCAGGAUUCAGAUGCACAUUAAUACUGUGUAGCAGCCUGGGAUUUUGCUCAGUGCCAUGAUUUCAGUUUCACGCUGUUGGAAAGGGGUGCUGCCUGGCUCCUGCUGAAGGUGGUUGCAGCUUUUCUGUAGCUUCCAGUGAAAGCUGGAUCAAAGUCCAAGUAUUGUGGAAAUUCUGCGGUCGUAGUUGGCUCCAUGUUUUGAUUUGGUUCUGCAUUUAUUUUAUACCUCAGAUAAAACUGAAGAAGGAUAAUACUUACUUGGGAGUGUGGUGGUGCUACUGUUAACCCUGAAGCUGGUGAUAAUGACUUCAGCAUAUCUGAGGGGAUGGAGUUGGGAUGCUAACAGUGCAUUUAAUUACCGUAUGCAAUGACCAGUAAAAACCAAUUACUAAUCAAAGUCAGCAGUGAAAGCUGCAUCCAUCCUUACAGCUUUCAGCCUGGGAGAACUGGAGUUCUGGAAGUGGGGAAGCAAUUGGAGCCUUUCCCUGGGACACAGAGCAAAGCUCUUCAUGCUUUGCUGUUUUCCCUCUCUCCUUCCAAAGGAGAAGGCAGACAGUCUGUGCCCCUGACCUGUUCCAUUGUGUUGUCCCACACCUCUGCCUGCACGUUUGGGAGGGAAAGGCUGAAAGCUUAGAUACAGAGCACCCCUCUUGGGAGUGGGAGAAGAGCUGCCCUUCCCUUCUCUUACAUAUCUAUUGGAUUUGGGUUUGUUUGCCACCUCAGCUAGAGACCCUGGUGUAUAUAGUAUAAAUGGAGUAUAAUUAAAAGUUAUUUUGAUUGUUGGGCUUUGGGUUUUUUUAGUGACAUAUGUAAAACGUUGAUGCCAAUGGUUGACUUGGAUACAUUUUGGCAAGAAAAGUAUUAGUGAACCACAUUCAAUUCUUUAAAUGCAGUGAAGAAGUGUAUGAGGCUUUUGUACCUGGGAAGUUGCUCUGUUCAGGGUAAAUCUGAUGUGAAUACUGUACAAACCUAUAUUGGCCUUCCAGAUUCCAGUCCUAAAUUUCUGAUUGGCAGAAGUCACAUCAAAUGUUUUAAAAUCCAACUGUAAAAUGGAAGUUGUGUGGUUUGCAACUUUUCAUCAGCCUGAAAAGUACAAGCUUUAAUUAAAGCAAAGUACACUCAUACACGGUAAUAAUGGUGUGGUCAGAAUAUUUAUUGAAAAGAAAAGGUAGAUAUUUUAAAUGUUGCACCUGCUUUUUUAUCUUAAAGCACAUUCUUCACACCUAACUGCCAUUGCCAUUAUCAAGUCUGUUUUAUAAGUGUACAUUUCUUCAAAUUAAAAAGUUCAUAAUUAAAAGUAUUAUGUUACUGCCAUAUAGUGAUAUAAAACGUUUUAUAAUUGCCAAUUCAUUGUAACUAUUAUUUAUUUAAAAGUGAAUUGUAAGAAUGCUUUCUGAUCAAAUGAACCAGAGUUGUUUUUAAACCAUUCCCGUUAGCUUGUUUCUAAUGUAGCAUAAACAAUGUCCUUGGGUUCGUUUAGAAUAAUUUUGCCAGUAGGUGACCAAUUCUAACCGUUUUUCCUCCGGUUUAGUCCUUUACCCGUUUUAAAGACGAUUUACAGAAGUUUAGUUUUUUGUAUGCUAAUCUCUUUUAAUUAAAAGGUUUAUAAAUUUUAUUUUUACCAAAGAGAUGCAAUUCAUUAUGACAAAAUAUUGCAGAAUAAACUUUGUUUUAUAACAUUUGUGACUUUUCUGCCCACAUUUUUCAUUCAGAUGAUCAAAGGGGCUUUUCUAAAAUAAACAGCAUUGCAAACA